UAAAUAACCGAACCCGGCGCGUAUGCCGUAUAGUAGAAAAUCGAAGUGUGUCAUAAAAUAUAAACAAAUAAUAUAUAUAAAAACAUGUCAAAAAAAUAACAAUACCAUAAUAAAAACGAAGUAAAUUUUUAAAUAAUUAAUAAAUUAAGUUAAUAUUUGUUGUUAAUUUGUAAAAUAAUUUAUUUAAUAAAAUGAUAUUAUCAUUAUUUUUAAUAUUUUUAAUUAACAUAAUCAAUGUAAAUAGUUUAUCAUCAUCAGAAUCAUCAUCAAAUAAUCAAGGAUAUUGUGCUCCAUACAAUGGCAACAUUUGUAAAAAAUAUUUAACUGGUUUUGUAUGGUUCAAUGAUACAAAAGACAAUCGUGGUGGUUGGCUCAAUGAACAGACAACAAUAAAUUUAUGGGAUGAGUUAAUAUCAACACUAAAAGAACCAUGUCGUUCAGCUGCUGAAAAAAUGUUAUGCAUGUAUGCAUUUCCAAGUUGUUAUAAAUCAGAAAAACUACAACUUUGUUAUGAAGAUUGUCAAGCAAUAAGACAUGAAUUUUGCUUCAACGAUUGGGCACUUAUUGAAGACAACAAACAACGUCAAAUAUUUAUAAGAUCACGUGGUAAUUUUCGUCUUCCUGAUUGUGAUUUAUUACCAAAACUUGAUGAUAAUAAAAUAACAUGUUCACAUGUACAUUUAACUGAUAUUAAUACAAAUCAAGUAACAUAUGAUUGUAUUAAAAAUAAUGGUAGAUUUUACAUGGGUAAUAUGAAUAAAACUAAAAAUGGAUUAAAUUGUCAAUCAUGGUCAUCACAAAUACCACAUUAUCAUAAUAAACCACCAAAUGUAUUUCCACAAAUUAAAAAUGGUAAAAAUUAUUGUCGUAAUGCUGGUGGUGAUGAAAAAUUACCAUGGUGUUUUACAACAGAUCCAUUGGUACGUUGGGAACAUUGUGAUAUACCACAAUGUGAUAAUCAAACAACAACAUCACAAGAUUUUACAAUAAGCAAUACAAAUUACAAUGAAAAUGAUGAAUUCAUAAAUAACAUACUUAUUAAUCCAUUAUUUAUAACAUUAACAAUAACAAUAAUAACAAUAUUAUUAAUAAUAAUAAUAGCUACAUUAUAUUUAUUAUUAUUAAAUAAUAAAAAAUCUAAUAGAAAAAAUAAUAGUACAAUAAAUAAUAGUAUAAAUAUCAAUACAAGAUAUUGUACAACACAAGAUAAUGAUAAUAUUAAUAUUGAUCUUGAUAAAUUACCAAAUAAUGAUGCAUAUCAUAAAACAUCAGCUCAAUUAAAUCCAAAACUUGAAAAAUUAGAAUUUCCACGUAAUAAUAUAAUAUACAUAAGAGAUAUUGGUCAAGGUGCAUUUGGACGUGUAUUUCAUGCAAAAGCACCAGGUUUAAUUGACAAUGAAGAAUUUACAAAUGUUGCUGUUAAAAUGCUUAAAGAAGAAGCAUCACAAGAUUUACUUGUUGAUUUUGAACGUGAAGCAUGUUUACUUGCUGAAUUUGAUCAUUCAAAUAUUGUUAAAUUACUUGGUGUAUGUGCAAUUGGACAUCCAAUGUGUUUGUUAUUUGAAUAUAUGGGUCGUGGUGAUUUAAAUGAAUAUUUACGUUCAUGUAUUACUAAAAAUAAUAUAAAAUAUUAUCAUAAUAAAGAUGAUAAUAAUUAUAUUAAGGUAUCACAUAUAGAUUUAAUUAAUAUAUCAUUACAAAUUGCAUCUGGUAUGGUUUAUUUAUCUGAUCGUAAAUUUGUACAUCGUGAUUUAGCAACAAGAAAUUGUUUAAUAAAUGAUAAUAUGAUUGUUAAAAUUGCUGAUUUUGGUUUAUCACAAAAAAUAUAUUUACAAGAUUAUUAUAAAGGUGAUGAACAGGAUGCAAUACCAGUUAGAUGGAUGCCAUUAGAAAGUAUAUUAUAUAAUAAAUAUACAAUUGAAUCUGAUGUAUGGGCAUAUGGUGUUUGUUUAUGGGAAAUAUUUAGUUUUGCAUUACAGCCAUAUUAUGGUAUGACACAUGAAGAAGUUGUUAAAUAUAUUAAAGAUGAUAAUGUAUUGCAAUGUCCUGAUAAUACACCAGCAUCAAUUUAUGAUUUAAUGAAAUAUUGUUGGAGUAAAAAACCAAAUGAUAGACCAUCAUUUAGAAUUAUUUAUGAUACACUUGAUAAUAUUAAACAUCAAAUUGAAAUUGAUUAUAAAAAACAUAAUAUUUCACUACAAAUUCAUAUUUAAAUAUUUAAAAUUUUCAUUUUUUAAUUAUAAAUUCAUUUUUUUUAAACAGAAAGUCUGAUUAGUUAAUAUGUAAAAAACAAAUUACAACAUUUUUUCCUUAUUUUCUUUUAAAGAAUGUAUUUUAAUACUCAGGAUUCAAAAAAAAAAAAAAAAAACGAAAAAAAAAGUAUUUUUAACUUUCUAAUUAAACUAAUUAACAAACAUAAAUUUUAUUAUUUAUAUUAUUAUUAUUAUAUUGGAAUUUAUUUAUUCAUUUGUCUUUUAUACUCUUCAUAUGUUCAUCUAAUGUCUUUAAUUUAAUUUCUAAACUAAUUUCUCUCGAGAAAAAAAUAGCAUAACAAUUAUUUCGAUUUUUUUUUUUUUAAAAUAACAUUUUGUUUUUUAUUUUAUUUUAUUUAUAAUCAGCAAAUAACUAUAGUCGUAAUGUGUAUGUAUAUUUAAAGAUAUCAUGGCUACAAUUAAAUUCAAGUAUUAUUAUAAUUUUUUUUAAUUUUCAUUUUCAUACAACGUGCUUUUUUGUUUUUUUUAAUUUUCAAAAAAUUUAUAAACUCGUUGGUGUUUUUUUUUUUACAUUACCAAGGAAAUUUGUAACAAAUUUUUAAAAUUUAAAUGUUUUAAUAAUCAUUUAAUAAUUUAUAAUAAACAAAAAAUAUGUAAAAUAUAUAUAUAUAUUUUUUUUAAGUUUUUAUUUUUCAACGAAAUAUUAAAAUUUAUGUACGUAAUUAUAUUUUGAGCCUAGUGUACAACAGGCUUGAUAAACAAAAAAAAAAAAAGAAUAAAUUUCUUGCUGAUAAUAAUGUAUGGCGUUAAUUAAAAAAUAAAAAAUAAAUGUCUUAUUAUUAUUAAUAAUAAAAAAUAAAAGUCAACUAAAUAAAC